CCGCCUUUGCCGGCUUCUCCGCCAUUCCUUCUCCUCCCUCGGCCGCCCUUUUUCGUUCAAAAAACCUCGUUUUUUUUCUUAGACUCCCGCCGCCGCCGGCCGACGCCUCCUCCUUCUUUCGAAUUCAAUGCUCGUAGCUCUCAAACGCCUCCUCGUUCCUUCCACAGCCCGCGCUUUUACCUCCCUCUCCCCUCUCCCGUCCCCUAUCUCCCCUUCCGACUUCGAAUCCCUCGUCCUCCGCCAGUACCGAGCCGGAAAAUUCCACGCUCUCCUCCCCUCCGUCGUAGCCGAUCCCUCCGUCCUCCUCGCCGCCUGUCGCAACCUCUUCUCCCGCUCCCACCCCUCCUCCUCCACGCUCCCCCUCCCCCUCCUUCCCUUCUCCCUUCCCGCCUUCUCCGCCACCCUCCGCAGCGGCGCCCUCGACCCCUUAUCUCUCUGCUCCUCCCUCGCCUCCUCCCGCCGGAAAGGUCAGGCCUUGAUCCUCCCCACCCUCGAGCUCAAAGUCGCCCUCGAGGCCCUCCGUAUGGCCCUCGCCGCCGUCUACGAGUCCCGCCUCGCCACCUUCGCCUACGGCGGCCGCGCCGGGAUAGGCCGCCACACCGCCGUCCGCUACCUUAAGUCCACCGUCAGCAACCCCACCUGGUGGUUCCGUGUCGCCCUCCGGCGUGAGCACUUCGGUCCCCGCCACGUGCGCCGUCUCGCCGCCGUCAUGGAGGAGAAGAUCGACGAUCCAGCCCUCAUUGCCCUCGUCGAGCGGCUUUUCAAAUCGGAGGCGGUGGCGAUCGAGCUCGGUGGAGUUGGUCUGGGGAGAGGGUUCCCCCAAGUGAGCGAUCUUAGCUCGAUUCUCAUCAAUAUCUACUUCGAUGCCUUUGAUCGGGAGAUCCAGGAGCUUCGAGCUGAGGUCCAUAAGAAGAAUCCCAGGCUCUGUGAUCUCGAUGGUGAGAACUCUCCGGUUAUUCAUAUGCCUAUUAGGGUUUAUGCCGUUAGGUACUUGGACGAGAUACUGGUGAUCACUUCUGGCUCCAAAUUGUUCACAAUGAACAUAAAAGAUAGGAUUUUGAAGCACUUGGAGGGAGAAUUGGAUCUCAAAAUCGAUAAAUUGAAGAGCUCGAUCCAUAGCGCCGUCUCCGAGAAGAUGGAUUUCAUGGGAAUGGAACUUCAGGCUGUCCCUCCUUCGGUUCUGCACCCUCCCAUGUCAGAGAAGGCCAUUAGGGCAAAGAAGAAGUACCUAAAGAGGAAGGCGGCAAAGGCAUUGGAGUUGAAGAAUGCCCGUGAGACUCGAAGGAAGAAGCUUGGAUUGAAGAUAUUGAAUCAUUUGUUCAAGAAGCUUAAGCGUGGCCAUGUGUUUGAAUUUGAUUUCCGGAUCGAGAGCGAGGUCAGAGAGGUGUUUAGGAAUUGGGCUGAGGAGGUGGUGGCAGAGUACUUCAAGUCUAGAGAGGAUUGCUGGAAUUGGCACCGGAUGCUCACGACUGGAGACUUUUUAUCUUUGAAGAGGGUGAGGGAUCAGUUGCCUCCGGAGCUGCUAGAUUCAUACGAUGAGUUUCAGGAGAAGGUCGAUAAGUAUCUAAAUCCUGUUGGAAUUAGUAAGGUCUUAGAGGAAGAGGAGAGACAAGAGGAGGAAGAAGAAGAGAGGAGAUAUGCUAGGAGGACAGUGGAGGAUUUAACUGAGUUGAAAAUGAGAGUCAAUGCACCUAUACAACUUGUAAGGAGGGCGGUGAAAUUGGCUGGGUUUACUAAUUCUAUGGGGCGACCCCGGCCAAUCAAAUUGCUCAUCUGUUUAGAGGAUGCUGGUAUUAUCAAAUGGUAUGCUGGUGUGGGAAGGAGAUGGUUGGAGUAUUUCUGUUGCUGUCGGAACUUUAGAAUGGUAAAGACUGUUGUCAAUUACCACUUGAGGUUCUCUUGUUUCUUGACACUGGCAGAGAAGCAUGAAUCCACUAAACGCCAAGCCAUUAGACAUUACACCAAGGAUCUGAAAGUCAUCGAUGACAAUGGUGUGGAAGAAGUCUACUUUCCUACUGAGAGGGAGAUAAAGAUGAUGGGAGACAAGAAUCUCUCUGAUCCAAAGCCUGUGGAUGGCACAUUAUCUAUGAUUUUAGCUAGACUAGCAGUCAAUGAACCUGCUUGCUCCUGCUUAGCCCAUUUCUGUGAUAGAAAGGAUACUGUUCUCUAUAGAAUACGUUUGCUUCAGAACCGUUUGAAUGUAGAUCCCUUGAAUGAGAACAGGUGGGUGCCAGGGAUGGGCGCUAUUCAUGAAAGCCUGAAUAAAAAGGUUCUUUCACUCUGUCCACAACAUGCAAGCGAUUUGUUCAUGGGCAGGAUUGCACUCCAAGACAUUGACUGUACCUCAUUUGUGAAUGUCGAGUAAAUUGCACAAGUAACAUAUCAAUUGCUUAGACGAUAUGGUUCUGAAUUCGGUGAAACUGUUGGAGGUCAUCACUAGACAAAUGUUCACACAAGCUCUCCUUGUUGCUUUGCCAAUGUGGUGUUGCUAACUCUUCAUUUGCCCAGGUUCUUGUUCUUUACCAAAGAAAAAGGUGCAUAUUAUAAGCUAUUUUCGGUAUUACUGCUCGGUGACUUCUGGUUUUAGAGAUGCACAAUUCUGGUAUUGGAAGAUAUAAUAAACUAUUGUUCCAAUCUGUCAUGGAAAAGUGCUAUUUCACAUCUGAGUAUACACAAGUAAAUGUUGAAUCUGGCAAUGUGAAUAAAUAUCUUCUAUGUUGUAGCAUAUGCAGCAACAUUCGAAGCUAGUGAACUUGUUGAUUACACUUCAAUUGUUUAUGAAGCUGCCAAAAUUUCUACCAGGGUUCAUACAUGUUCUGCUAUGCAACUUCAGAUAGCAGUUCUGCUCUCUUUGGUAAUGGCACAGUGGCCCUAUUUCACAUUUGCAUUUCUUGAAAAACUCAUUUGGACAAUGAUAGGUUAUGAUAACAAUCUGCACUUUGGAGUAUAUAGAAAAAAUGAGAUCGCAAUUUUUUCUUCUUCAUGGAGCCAUGUUCACACAAAUAAUAUGCAAUUUAUUUAUUAAAGAAUUAGGAAACUGAUCUGGAACUUAUACCUAGACUAGUAUCAUUAGGGUAUGUUUGUCUUUGCUAUAAUUUCUUGUUUUCUAUUUUAAAAACAAAAUUACAGAAACUGAGACAAAAAACAUGUUUAGUGUUAUAGUUUUUAUUUUCUUUUUUCAAAAAUUAUUUUUUAAAAAAAUAAGAAAAUCAUGUUUGUACCACCACAACCAAUACCACCUCUACCACCAUCAUUGCCUUAUUACCUUUGCCAUUGUUGUCGCUGCCUCCACCACUAUUGUUGCCGCCUCCACCACUAUUUUUGCCGCCUCCGCCAUCGUUGUUGUCACUGCCACUCCACCGUUACCAUCAUCCUCACUUUGCCACAUUGCUGAUAUCUUCGCUAUCGCUACCACCACUGCCACCGUCAUUGUUGUCGUUGCCUCUACCACACCACCACUGCCAUUGUCGCCUCCGUCCCUUUGGCAUAUCAUUGAUGUCAUUGCCACCACCGCCACCACUGUAGCUAUCAUUGCCACCUCUAUUAUAUCAUUGCCAAUGCUGCCACUGACACCACUACAGCCUCCAUUGCCUUCGCUGUUGCUACCACUGUCUCCUCCUACCAUCACCAUGUUUGUUUUUAAAAUAAUUGACUACACCAAAUCUGUAUAUAUUUGUAAAAAUAAAAAAAUAGAAACAGAAUUUCUAUUUUCUGAAAAUAGAAAAAAAUGAAAGUGAUUGCAAAUGACACCCUACUUUCUACAAAUUUUACUAACAUAUUGGUCAAAAAAAACUUAAAACAACUUAUCUUUAGUCUGGUUAACUAGUCAAUGUUGGAAAAUUUAUAGCCGUAAUAGAGCAAUCCAUUAUAGAUUGAGGUACCUGUCUGGGUAAAUAGAGCACAUCUAGGAAUUGAUAGAGGUGCUCACUCGUGCACUUAUUGAUCCCCUUCUGAUUUUGAGGAUUAGUGCUGAACCAUGCUUAUGACAUGAAGAUGGUCUCAAAGCAAAAGAUAGCGGAUGAGAAAGUGAACAUGGUGAUUAAGGAAAUGGACUGAAGCAGAAACACACCCUGAUGGAAACCCAAGUAGCUAAAGUGAUGCAUUAGUGGAGGCUUUGGAGGUUGGCUCCUUGACAAGCACUUGUCUAGUACAAUAAAUCCACCAUCUGAGCAUUUGGGACAACGAACAGGAUCUGGGACGCCAAACAGAUGUGGAGGAGAGAAGGCACAGAGCCACAGAGAUUCUAUGAGCAAAGAAUGAGGCCAAUAGCAGUCAAGGUCUAUUUGUAAGUCAUGUAGUAAGCAGCCUUCUGUGACUUUGGUGAUGAUGAUGAUGGUGGUGGUGGUAUGCAACCAUAGAUGGUGGAAUUGUGGAGUGUCUAAAUUAAUCAGCAGUUCCUUGAUAUCUCUAAAAAAUCUUGAGUCAGUCGUAUUCUUUUCAUUGUCCAAACAAUUCUUGACAUUUUAUGUAUUAAUCAAAUUCUUUUUGCCUUUUUGGAGAUUAACAAGUUUAUUACUUCAUUCAUCAAAUACUCAUAGUUACAAAUUAGAGUAUGCUAUCUGUGGUC